CAAAGACCGUCUGAGCUGCAGGUCCUGGAGUUUCAGGUCUGGUUGCUGCAGGUCCAGGAGCUCAGGGAUUGGUCAUCUUUCACAGCAGAGACGAGAUGAGGCUGUGUGCUGAUGUCAUGAUGACAUCACCGCUGAGGUCAGUGCGGUUCCCAUCAACCCACUGAUAUCAGCUGGGAAAGUCAAUAUUGAAACAGCGCCGCGGCCGUCGUCCUCCUGCAGACCUUGGGCCGACCUUCACAGGACUGUGCUGGUGCUGGAUCUGGAUUCUGUGACCCUGAAACAAACAGUAUAAAUCCAUCGGGGCGAGUCAGACCCUCUGGCAGUGUCAGACCUGCUCCCUCUCUCUGCUGGAUCAGAUGAUGACGACUGUUCAGGCUCCCGCUCUCUGUCUGAUGAUGAUGAUGGUGGGUUCUGGUUCUGCCGGUCCGCUUCCUCCUUCACUCGACGGCUCCAGCACACAGACCCUCUCCAGGAACACCACAAUGAACGCCACGAUGAACGCCACGAUGAACACCACGAUGAACGCCGCGAUGAACUGUGUGAAGAACGCCGCGAUGAACGCCACGAUGAACGGCACGAUGAACGCCACGAUGAACGCCACGAAGAACGCCACGAAGAACGCCACGAUGAACGCCGCGAUGAACUGUGUGAAGAAUGCCGCGAUGAACGCCACGAUGAACGCCACAAUGAACGCCACGAAGAACGCCACGAAGAACGCCACGAAGAACGCCACGAUAAACGCCACGAUGAACGCCACGAUGAACGCCACGAUGAACGCCACGAUGAACGCCACGAAGAACGCCACGAUAAACGUCACGAUGAACGACACACUUGGCCCCUUCAGAAUACAACCUUUAUCUGUCUCACCUGUGGUGUUCACCUUUAUCGUUCUCACCUGUGGUGUUCACCUUUAUUUACCUGUCUCACCUGUGGUGUUGACAUUUAUUUACCUGGCUCAACUUUGGUGUUCACCUUUACCUGUCUCACCUGUGGUGUGCUGAGGGAAACACGGUGGG